UGUCAGCGCCAGUCAGCCGUCGACGAGUUUGUUCCCGCUACGGAAGUACGGCCCGUGGUACCGGGCGAAACGUCCUGCAAAAAAUCGUAUGGCAGCGCGUGGGGUUUAGCCACACAGGGGAGGGAAUGAAUCAGAGAUGCUAGUAUUACUGGCGACCACGAACAAAAUCCUCUUUCGCUUCUCCGCCUCCGUUUAAAACCCUAUCGCCGUGCUCGCGCCAGGUGUCCUGAUUAGUAGUACGCGCUAAGAUUUUGCACAGCGCGGCCGCGACGCGAUGAUUUCCCUCCACUCCGCGCCGUUCACGCUCUUGAUAAAGCUCGAGCCAGGCCGGAGGCGGCUCGCCCUGCCGCAGCAGUACGCCGUGCUCCGGCGGCCGGCGACAGCGAGGAGCGUGCGCGCGGCGGCGGCGGUGGCCGCCGAGUCCCACCUCCGGCAGCUCGAGUUCGCGCGGGACUGUUUCCCCGACGAGGACCGCCUGCUGGGCUACGAGACCCUCCUCGUGUCCCACUUCCUCGACAUCCUCCAGGACAUCCACGGCAGCGACUUCAGACGAGUGGUGGAGGAGUGUUUGAGGGUGUCGGGGGAGUACCAGCGCGCGGAGCCCGACGCGGCGGCGAAGCUGGAGGAGCUGGGCGCGCUGCUGACGGGGCUGGACGUGGGCGACGCCAUCAUGGUGUCGAGCUCCUUCUCCCACAUGCUCAACCUGGCCAACCUCGCCGAGGAGACCCAGAUGGUGUACGAGAAGAAGAUGGAGGCGUGCCGGCGCGGCAGCUUCGCGGACGAGGCCUCCGUGCCCACCGAGUCCGACAUCGACGAUACCUUCCAGCGCCUCGUCACCGGCCUCGGCAAGUCCCCCCAGGAGGUCUUCGACGCCCUCCGCGCCCAGACCAUCGACCUCGUCUUCACCGCCCACCCCACCCAGUCCGUCCGCCGCUCCCUCCUCCAGAAGCACGCAACCAUCAGGGCGUGCCUGACGCAGCUGGGAGCGGAGGGGGCGACGGAGAACGAGAAGCGGGAGAUGGACGAGGCGCUGCGGAGGGAGAUCCUGGCGGCGUUCAGGACGGACGAGAUCCGGCGGACGCCGCCGACGCCGCAGGACGAGAUGCGGGCCGGGAUGAGCUACUUCCACGACACCAUCUGGAACGGGGUGCCAAGGUUCCUGCGCCGGGUGGACACGGCGCUCGCGGGCAUCGGCGUCCGCGAGCGCCUCCCCUACGACGCGCCGCUCAUCCAGUUCUCCUCGUGGAUGGGCGGCGACCGCGACGGGAACCCCAGGGUCACCCCGGACGUCACUAGGGACGUCUGCCUCCUCGCCAGGAUGAUGGCCGCCAACAUGUACUUCUCCAAGAUGGGCGGACUCAUGUUCGAGCUCUCCAUGUGGCGCUGCAACGACGAGCUCCGGGCUCGCGCCGACGAGCUGCACCGCCUCUCCGACCGCAAGUACGCCAAGUACUACAUCGAGUUUUGGAAGCAGAUUUCGCCGCGAGAGCCUUACCGCAUCAUACUCGGCGAUGUGAGGGACAAGCUGUAUAACACCUGCGAGCGUGCUCGGGAGAUCUUGUCCCAUGGAGUCUCCAGCAUCCCAGAAGAAAAUACCUACACAAGUGUCCAGGAGUUCCUGGAGCCUCUGGAGCUGUGCUACCGGUCGCUGUGCGACUGCGGGGACAAGCUGAUCGCGGACGGCAGCCUGCUGGACUUCAUGCGCCAGGUGACCACCUUCGGGCUGUGCCUCGUGAAGCUGGACAUCCGCCAGGAGUCGGACCGGCACACGGACGCCAUGGACGCGAUCACCACGCACCUCGGCAUCGGCUCCUACCGCGACUGGCCCGAGGCCCGCCGCCAGGAGUGGCUCGUGUCGGAGCUCCGGGGCAACCGCCCGCUCUUCGGCGACGACCUGCCCCACUCGGACGAGGUCGCCGACGUGCUCGGCACGUUCCGCGUCAUCGCCGAGCUCCCGGGCGACAGCUUCGGCGCCUACAUCAUCUCCAUGGCCACGGCGCCCUCCGACGUCCUUGCCGUGGAGCUCCUGCAGCGCGAGUGCGGCGUCAAGGAGAAGCCCCUCAGGGUCGUGCCCCUGUUCGAGAAGCUCGCGGACCUCCAGCAGGCGCGCGCUACCAUGGAGCUCCUCUUCUCCAUCGACUGGUACAAGGAGCGGAUCAACGGGAAGCAGGAGAUCAUGAUCGGGUACUCGGACUCCGGCAAGGACGCGGGCCGGCUUUCCGCGGCGUGGCAGCUAUACAAGGCCCAGGAGGAGAUCGUGGGCGUGGCGGAGCGGCACGGCGUGAAGCUGACCAUCUUCCACGGCCGGGGCGGCACCGUGGGCCGCGGCGGCGGGCCGAGCCACCUGGCCAUCCUGUCUCAGCCGCCCGACACCGUCAACGGGUCGCUCCGGGUGACGGUCCAAGGGGAGGUGAUCGAGAAGUCGUUCGGGGAGGAGCACCUCUGCUUCCGCACGCUGCAGCGGUUCACGGCGGCGACGCUGGAGCACGGCAUGAGCCCGCCCGUGGCGCCGAAACCGGAGUGGCGGGCGCUCAUGGACGUCAUGGCCGUGGUGGCCACGGAGGAGUACAGGGAGAUCGUGUUCAGGGAGCCACGGUUCGUGGAGUACUUCCGGCGCGCGACGCCCGAGACGGAGUACGGGCGGAUGAACAUCGGGAGCCGGCCGUCGAAGCGGAAGGUCGGGGGCGGGAUCGAGUCGCUGCGGGCAAUCCCGUGGAUCUUCGCGUGGACGCAGACGAGGUUCCACCUCCCCGUGUGGCUCGGCUUCGGCGCCGCGUUCCGGCACGCCAUGGAGAAGCAGCCCGGAGGCCUUGCCACGCUUAGGGAGAUGUAUGAGGAGUGGCCCUUCUUCCGCGUCACCAUCGACCUCCUCGAGAUGGUCUUCGCCAAGGGCGACCCCGGCAUCGCGGCCCUCUACGACAAGCUCCUCGUGCCCCAGGACCUCUGGCCCUUCGGCGAGCAGCUCAGAGCCAACUACUCCGAGACACAGAGCCUCCUCCUGCAGGUUGCUGGGCACGAGGACCUGCUGGAGAGCGACCCGUACCUGAGGCAGCGGCUGAUGCUGCGGGACUCGUACAUCACGGCGCUAAACGUGUGCCAGGCGUACACGCUCAAGCGGAUCAGGGACGGCGGCUUCAGGCCGGCGACGAGGCCGCCGCUGUCCAAGGAGCUCAUCGAGUCCACGGCGGAGAGCCUGGUGGAGCUCAACCCCAGCACAGAGUACGACCCCGGGCUGGAGGACACGCUCAUCCUCACCAUGAAGGGCAUCGCCGCGGGAAUGCAGAACACCGGCUGAUUUUGAAUUUUUUGUUUUUUGGGAGGUGGACUCUCUGUCGACUCUCGUCACGCUGAUUCGUUUUUAUACAUAGAAAUGGGUUCGGGAUUUGGAGGGAAAUGCGAACGUGCUUCGUUUCUUUCGUUUGGCAAGAUCAAAUUCACGAGCAGCUAAAAAACAGAAGAUGGUCAGAUUCAAGAGCGAACCGUGUGUUGGGUCAUGUUUCUCAGAGUUGUGCAGGACACAUUUGGUCUAUGCUUGUUACUCCUCCUGCCGAAAUUAUUUGUCAAAAUAUUACUUUUUUAAAUAUGCAUACAUUCAUAGUUUGACAAA